AUGGGUGAUGAGGAGGUAUCUGAAGGCAAACAAGUUUCUUUAUGCACUUGUUUGGAAAGAAUGGAAGAAAGCGUCGAGAUUUUUAUGGAAGAAGUAGACAAAAUGGUGAUAGAGGCUGGUAUUGCUGGAAGGACAGGGUGUGACAAGAUAAGACACAAGGGCAAACAAGCGUGGACAGGCAGAGUUUUGAAUGGCCUUAAAGUGUCUUACCCAUCUUUUGAUUCUCAUCUUAAUCCCGCUCCUCUCCAAUGGGAUGUCUUGGUGGAUGGAAAGGUCUGUGACUGUGAUAUUGUAGUAGACUGCAAAGUCGGGGACCCCAUCGCACUGGAGGUGAAGCUGACCAACUGGAGCAAACACAGCGUGGGCCCAUUUGCUCUAACGGUGAUCCCAUACCAGGAUUACCAAAAUGGAGUGCACAACUAUGAGCUCCAUGAUGCCAUCACCUUUGUUGGAUCCAACACCUUUCACAUUGAUUCAGUGAAACCAACCAAAAAUUCUGUGUGCUUUGGAGCUCUGCUCUUUCUCUAUACAGGUGAUUUUUACUUGAACAUCAAGUUUCAUGAAGACAUCUCCAGCAGGGAGCUUCCUCUUUCUUGGUUCUGCCUGCCUAGUGUUCACAUUCGUGCUACGGAGCCUGUGAUCCAAACUAAACUGUAAAUGUACCAUAUGAUAUUGGAUUAGUCACAGUGCACAGAAACACUUAACAUGUCCUCUGCUUGACCCCACUUUGUUUCUUUCCCACCCCAGCCCACAGGCCUUUCUUUAGAGGCACUGCUGAACAUUUUUAGAAUUGGCUGAGGUAAUUUGGGCAGCUGCCUUUGCUUAUUUGGAAAGAUGUGAUGGAAUAUAAUGUACUGGAUUACCCCCUUCCCCCUUGCCUUCCAAAAAGCCUUUGGUAGCCACUAUGGGAAAAAUUCUUCUCUUCCUCAUAGCCAUGCCUCCCCAUUGAUAUCAGUGGAUUUGCAGGGGUGUAUGUGAAAGCUGAAUUUAGCCAUGAGCUUUAAGGUCUUAACUCCAACCUGAAUGAUACCUAAGGAUAUAUCGUCUGCACUUGAACAAGAGUUGUGUUUCUCCACUAAAUUCCCACCACCACCACACUGAAUACACCAUUUGGGACCUAUUUUCUCAGUCACAGUUUCUUCCUAUGCUUGUUUCUAAGCCCUUUGUUUGCUGGGUAUAUUGGUGUCUUUCUAACUCAGAAUAGAUGUAAGUCAUGCAAUAGCAGAAAAGUGUUUUUCCUUUCCCACCAGAUUCUAAGGAACGCAGCAGCAGUAAUGCCUUUUAAUUUGUUACUUAUUGCAGGAAAUAGCGGUAAUUGUAUCUCCAUGUUUUCUUGAUAGAAUAGGCAUGAACCCAAAAAGAGGUCUCCGCCCCUCCUUGGUCACAGUGCAGUUACUUCCCUUUGUGCAUCAGUAAACAAGAAAGAAGGAAAGCAAGACAGGUAGAAAAGUUUCUAUUUUUGCCAGAAAGGAGAGAAGCCAAAUAUUUGCCUGCCUGUGGGUAACCUAUGAUGUCAGAGUGCCACAGGCCUAUUUCAUGGCAGUUGGGAGCCAUUUCAAGCAGUUGCAGGCCCCUUAAAAUGCCACCAGAUGAAUCUGCUGAUAGUUUUUAAAGCUUUUCACAAGAAAUUGUUUCCAAACGUCUACUAAUCAGGACUAGACAGGCCAGGCUACACUAUGGUAUUUUCUUCUUUUCUUUGUCGAAUGAAUAAAAUAAAACGUUACGGAAUAACUGCUGCAAGGUACUUCACUGUGGCUGUAGCUGCCAAAUGUACUGUAAAUUUGCAUUAUUGUGUUACCUUUCACAUAGAAGCUUUGAAUAAAGAGACCAAACUUUCCCUA